CAGUAGUCAGUCAGCGAGUUCCCAGGGUAGCUGUUCGGGCGGCGAGAGAGCGGUGGUGCGAGCUCAGCGCGGCGGAGACCUUGCGGCGAGGGUCGGGUUCGUGGAGGCGCGGUGGUGCGGUGCGGCGCGGCGCGGCGUGGCGUUGGAGUGAGGGAGUGAGUGAGUGAGUGUGUGUGAGCGCGCGAGUGCAGUGCUGGUGGGCCAGUCGCAGAGAGAGAGAGAGAGACGCCGCCAGCGCCGAGUGUGCGACCAUACCACCAGUACCACCGCCGCGCCGAGGAGGGAGAGCAUCACCAUGACGGCGACCAGGACGACGACGACGACGUGGCCGUCGGGCUCGCUGGUGCUGACCGCGGCCGUGCUGCUGGGCGCGCUCGCCUGCCUGCUGGACUCGAGAGGGGUUGACGCCAUCAUCUGCUACGACUGCAACUCCGAGUACGACCCCCGGUGCGGAGACCCGUUUGACCCCUACACCCUGGGUCAGAUCGACUGCAACGAGCGUCAGGCCCUGGACCACCUGUCGGGCGCCAACGCCACCCUGUGCAGGAAGCUCGUUCAGAGAAUCGGCACGAAGAUCCGGGUGGUGAGGACGUGCGGGUACAUCGAGGAGGCCGGCCGCGACGGCGGUCUGUGCGCGUCGCGCUCGGGCACGCACGACGUGAACGUGCAGUACUGCUCGUGCAAGGGCAACCUGUGCAACGCGGCGCCUGCUCGGCUGGGCGCGCCGCUGCCGCUGCUGCUGGCCACGGGCGCCGCCACCGUGCUCGUCGCCCGGCUCCUCUUAUAACGCGCCGGACCGAGACUCUUCUCGUCCUCCACGACGCCAUCCUCGCCGCCGUCACGUCCACCACCACCACCACCACCGCCAGGACGGCGCCAACAACCCCCUCUCGCCGCACGACAGAGGAGCACCCCGCGCGCGGCGCAGCGGCGCAGCACGGCGACGUCGCGACCACGUCGUAUCGACGGUGAUCUCCGUUUUUUUUGGUCGGGGUUUGACUUACUUCUGACGUCGUUCUCUGACGUCGUUGCGAUGUCGAAGCGCUGGCUUCAGUACGACUGACUCGUCACAUUCCUGUGUGUUGCUCCCGCGCGCGGGGGAUGCCGUGCGGACAAUACAACUUACUGCCAGCAGAAGAGUUCAACCUUUUUCUCUUCUUUCGUUUUUUUUUU